UCCCCAGUAGAAACCUGACGUUCUAAGUGCUGACCCGGAAGUGGAGUUCGAGGUAAUUUCCGGUAGGAAGUUUGGUCGGGAAGAAGGAUUUGUGAUCCUCUGAGUGCAUAUCUGUGGCUGGUGGAACAGGGUUGUCCAUUCAAUGCCUAAAGUGAAGCGAAGCAGAAAACCGCCACCAGAUGGUUGGGAGCUCAUAGAACCUACAUUGGAUGAACUCGAUCAGAAAAUGCGAGAAGCUGAAACAGACCCACAUGAAGGGAAGAGGAAGGUGGAAUCUCUGUGGCCAAUCUUCCGUAUUCAUCAUCAGAAAACCCGAUAUAUAUUUGACCUGUUCUAUAAGAGGAAAGCUAUAAGCAGAGAACUGUAUGACUAUUGUAUCAGGGAAGGAUAUGCUGACAAGAACCUUAUUGCAAAGUGGAAAAAACAAGGAUAUGAGAACUUAUGCUGCUUGCGUUGUAUACAGACCAGGGACACAAACUUUGGAACUAAUUGUAUCUGUCGUGUCCCUAAAGGCAAACUUGAAGUGGGGCGGAUUAUUGAAUGCACACACUGUGGUUGCAGAGGAUGCUCUGGAUAAACAGAAUACUUUUUAGAAAUCUUGAUAUUCUUUGUGUUCUCAGAUUCUUUUAAAAUGAAGAAUGUUUUCCAUUAUUGUGGCUGUCUUGUGACCAGUUUUCAUUUAUUUUUAAACGUUUAAUAAAGAUCCUGUUUAAAUGUUA